CAGAAGCGCGGCAAAUGUCAGUCGAUUGAAAAUAAACAAACGAGUGUUUUCUUACAAAUUGCAAAGCGAAGAAAAUAAACGCAAAAAUGUCGUUAGUUCCGUAUUGGUUGCGUCACAUGCGAAACUUGGCUUACCGGGAUCCCGUGGCCAGGAUACUGGAAGACCCAUUUGCUGUAUUCGCAAAGGACCCCUUCUUCCGCGACCCGGUGAAGUUCAUGCGUCAAAUCACAGCACCCGUGGAGCACGAGCAUGGAAUCGAAGGUGUGUACUCCGAUGCGGAGGUGAAGGCCGAUGGGAAGAAGGUGGAAGUGCAUUUGGACGUCCAGAACUUCAGUCCCGAACAAAUCGAAGUGAAAACAGUUGGAAAUGAAGUCACUAUUGAAGGGAAGAAGGAAAUUAAACGUGAUGGAGGAUGGACGAAGAGUCAUUUCGAAAGACGCUUCCUGUUACCCGAAGGUUUCCCGCCAGAGAGGGUGGAAUGCCAUCUUGAUAAAGGAAAGUUGAAACUCGUCGCGUUCAGGGCUGAACCGCUGCCGGAAAGAAAGAUCGAGGUCAAACAAAUAUCUGGAAGCGACAGCGAAAAAGACAAAUCGUCGUAAAUGUUAUAAGGAAUGUGAUAAUUAUUUCGUAUUAUUGUAAAAAGUUCCAAAAGAGUGUGAGCUAAGUUUUUUUCACAAUAGUUUCAAUAGUUGCACUCUGAUUGUACUAAGUAUUUAGGUAAGUAGGUACAAAAUUAAAAUUAUUGUGAAAUAAGUUUUGGGUCUGUUACUUUUUUGGAACUAUUCAGACUGAUUAGUUUAGUUAGCUUAGGGUAUCGAUUUUUUAUAUGUAACAGCUGAAUAUUUUGGUUUUUCUCAAAUAAAAAAAUUAAAUAAC